AUGAAAAUAGUUGAUAGUUGUUGGAUCACAUGCAAACAGCUGUACAGUUCCAUAUCAAGUUGCUGUUUGUUGCUUAACAUUCAGGUUGAUGAUGUUGAUGAAGACGAUGAUGAUGGCGAUGACGACUACGACGACGAUGACGAUGAUGCUGGUAAUACACUUGAUGAUUCCAAAUUUGUAGUUCUCUUCUCUUCUUCAGGAGGCUGGAACAAAUAA